CAACAGAGAUCAAGAAUUCAUCUCAGACCAGGAGACGAUGAGGACGAUGCAGAGAAGAGCUUCUUCCGCCAUAAUUAUUACCAUUGCUCAGUCUCAGGAAGCAGCGGCUUCAUUAGGAACUACUGCUCCUGCUAGUUGUACUACUCUUGCUUCAUUUCUCUCUGCAGUCGCAAACCCUAUACCCCAAUUAGCUUUUUACUCUGCUAGUAGUAGUAAAAUUAGGUCGUCUUCUGGAAAAGCUCUAAAAUUUCAAUCUGGUUUGAGGAAUGAUUUUAGUAAUAUCAACAGUCUUGAUGAUGCUUUGAGCUUGUACAAGCAGAUGGUCCGAAUGAGGCCUCUGCCUUCUGUUAUUGAUUUCACUCAACUGCUGGACCGUAUUGUUAAGAUGAAUAAGCACUAUUGUUCCGUUAUUCACCUGUUUAGGGACAUGUGCGUCAAGGGCAUUCCAGUUAAUGAGUACACUCUCAAUGUUGUGAUUAAUUGUUACUGCCUCGUGGGUCGAGUGGAUUUGGGGUUUUCCAUAUUGGGUGGCUUCUUCAAACGUGGUCUUGUGCCAGAUGUAGUCAGCUUUAGCACUUUACUUAAGGGACUUUUUCGAGAGCAUAAGGUUCCUCAGGCACAAGAAUUGUUCAAAAAAAUAAUAUACAACAAAGUUUGCGAGCCCAAUGAAGUUAUGUUUGGAAUUGUAAUAGAUGGCUUGUGUAAGGUGGGAAACACUCAAACUGCCAUCGACUUCCUCAGAUCAAUGGAAAAAGGACGAAGAUCUUGUAAACCUGAUACAGUUGUGUACAACACUAUCAUUGACAGCUUGUGCAAGGAUAAAAUGGUUGAUGAAGCUCUUGCACUCUUCCGGGAGAUGAUUGAAAAGAGCUUACCUGCGGAUGUUGUCAGUUAUAAUUGUUUGAUUCAGGGUCUCUGCAGCUUAAGCAGAUGGAAGGAGGUCAAAGAGCUCUUCUCUGAGAUGAAGGAUUAUAAAAUUGUUCCGAAUGUCUUUACUUUUAAUAUAGUGGUGGAUGCACUGUGCAAGGAAGGACAGGCAGAAGAUGCUGAAGAGGUAGUCAGCAUCAUGAUUCAGCAAGGUCAGACUCCCAAUCUGGUCACAUACAAUUCCUUAAUGGAUGGAUACUGUUUACAUUGCCGAAUAGAUGAAGCAGGGAGAAUCUUUAGUACCAUGGUUACUAGUGGCCUUACUCCUGAUCUCCAUAGCUAUGCUAUUCUGAUAAAUGCCUAUUUCAAGAACAAGGAAGUGGAAGAAGCCAUGAAUCUCUUUCGAGAACUUCAACACAAAGGUUUAACACCUAAUAUUGUUGUUUAUAACACUGUCCUGCAGGGGUUAUUUAGUGCAGGAAGGUAUCUCAGUGCAAGAGAAGUUUUUGAUGAGAUGCAAGCUGCUGGCCUAAAUCCUAAUUUUUUCACUUACUGCAUCAUGUUGGAUGGGUUGUGCAAGACUGGAAAUGUCGAUGAAGCUUUGCAGUUAUUCCAUUCAAUGGAAGUUGAUGGAGUAGAUCUUCAUGUACAAAUGUACGGUAUCAUCCUUAAUGGGUUGUGCAAAAGUAGAAGGCUCGAUAGUGCUCGAGAUCUUUUCAACAGUCUCUGCCUUAAAGGAUUGGAUCCUGAUGUCAGAACAUACACCAUCAUGAUUGCUGGCUUGCUUUCAGAAGGUCUGCUCAUCGAAGCCAAAGAGCUUGUUGAAAAAAUGGAAGAGAAGGGUUGCUUGGCAGAUGGUGCUACAUACAAUGUUAUUCUGCAAGGACUCCUCAAGGGAGGUCAUUAUGACGAUGCAAUGGUCUGUUAUGAAGAAAUGGUUCAUAGAGGAUUCUCACUGGAUGCAUCUACUUUUUCCAUUUUACUUGAUUCAUCUGCUAAAAAUCAGAACAAUCCUUCAUUACCAAUGUUGAUGCUGAAGAUUGAUCCCGAUAGCAAGAAGUUCAUGGAUGGAGGACAAAGAGGACCUUCACAUUAGUUGCAACAUGUUGGUCCUGCUGUUUUUUGGCCUUGAGCAAACAUUAAUUAGGAGAGGGGUGGAAUUUGUAUUGCAGAGUGUGAAGAUUUGACAUCAGCUCAGACUGGAUAGAAACAAUUAAUCAGGGUUUUGAUACUGCAUGCACUAGUUUGCAAUGGCGACAUGUGUUGCAAAGAGAAUGACCGUAGCAGGUUUUUGGGUGCUGUUAAGAAGAAGAAGUCUUCUUGCUCAUGUUUUUGUCCUAUGGUGGGGAUUUCAAUAAUGCUUUCUGCACAUGUCCUGGAGUACCUGCUUGAGCAUUGCAAUCUGAAAAUCGUUCACUGAGAUUUGAAGGCUGGAAACAUCCAUCUGGAUGAUGACAUUGCAGCUUUCUUAGUGGUUACAAAACUACCACAUCACAACUCAAAUCCAGGGAACCAUGGGACACAUUGCCCCUGAAUAACUGUAAAGCCUUUGGAGAUGACAGAUGUAUUUGGUGUGACUCUUGCACAACUUGUAACCUGUCAGUCUGCAAUAUUUCUGCUUGAAGAGGAGGAGGACGUACUAUUGCUAGAUAAGGUGAGUAAUUCCAUUCUUUCUUGAAAUCCAGACAGACUCGUUCUGCAAUAUGGCUAUAACUCAGGGUUUUGUAUUCCUGUUAUAGUCUUCUGCGCAUUAUGAAACAGAGCAAGAAGUUGCUGAAAGAGAAAAGGCUCGAGGACACCGUGGACAAAAUCUUGCAUGCUUUUGAUGCCAAAGAUAUUGAGACAAUCUUUUAGGUUGUGUUGCUUUGCACCCAAAGCUAUCCAGAACGCAGUCAAAAAAGGCAGAAUUUAUAAGGACGCACCAAGGAGUGGGAUUAUCUGUGGUAUCGGUAGGGUUGGAGCAGCUUGAAGAAGAAAGAUAUCGGGAAGUCUCCCUCGUGUCCUAACAGUUUUGUUUGGGCUGAUGAAUCUGCACAAGAUCAAAAAACUAUUCAAUUAUCGCAGGCAAGGUAGGUCCUUUGGAGCGCAAUUUGUAUGCGAGAUCAUCAGUGGCCUGUAUACCAAGUUAAUGAAAAACCUCUGUAAUUCUCACUCAUUCAACUACUAUUUCAUAAGUAAACUACCCAGGGCUUGGAGCUGGAAUUUUGUACGACUCUGUCUAAUUCAACAAGGCUGUAUUGUGCAUAAGAUAUAGGUAUUUUUUUUAAGUAGGAGUAGGACUUCGUGCCUAUAGCUCAAGACUAAUAUAUGUAUUAUGUGAAAUUUUGGUGGAA